CACACACAGACACACACACACUGCCUUUCCUUUCUUCAGGUUUUCUUUUUCCUAUAUAUUCAUUAGUGUUCGGUCUGGCGGUAACCCACACGCACCGACAGUGCAGCGUUUCCUAGUUUUUGUUUUUCUUCUGGGAAACAACAAGUUUCAGUUUUUGUUUUUCAAAUUUACGAUCAACCCGGAUUUACAUGUAGUUAACACUCGAUUUAACUAGCAAACGCACAUAUCCAUGGAUUCAUGGACAUUUAUGUUUUGUUCUGUAGAAGGGACAGUGUUCGGUUUCUCCUAUGCCAACAAGUGAACAAACAAAGGAAGGGUAACCACCUUUUAGUCGUCACCGGAAAACACUUGGGACAAAAGAAUUUCGAGACGUUUUGGGAAGACGCGUUUCUCAUGCCCAAAUCUUAAAAAAAAAAAAGCUGCACCUUCAACUCAGGUGGGGCAGCUCUUUAAGGUGUUGUCUUUUUGGCUGAAAAGAAAAAGGUCCGCCAGAGAGCAUAUCGGUAGCUGGUCCGUGUGCGUGAUUUCCAUCCGUUUCUUCACGUCGGCUACGGUCUAUAGGAAAAUGAAACGCGCUAAAACAGAAGAGGAUAGACAGAAUGUACGGGAUAAAUUACAAGAACUAGAAAACCAACACCACGGACAUCAUCAUCAUCCAAGCCCAGCCACCAUUCCGUUAUUGAAUCGGUGUUGUUGUUUCAGUUUGCUGACUGGUGCCGUCUUCACGGGUAUCUACGCAACGGCUGUUUACAUUUGUGCAUUCGCUAUUGAACUUUGGUUGAUAACCGAAGCAAAAGAUGAAUUACCUUCUCCGCCUUAUAUUCUUUGUUUGGUCUACUUUAUUAUUUGGAUUAUGUCAGUGGCCUUGCUCGUUGGACUCGCACUGAGAAGAACGCAACCAAUUUUAGCUUGGCUGCUAUGUUUGAUUGUGGUGUUCUUUCCGGAAUGCGGACUCGUCAUGUUCAUGAGCCUUUAUUACUGGACACUAGAUACGUCAUUCGGCACGGUGGAAUUGGUAUUUUGGAUCGUCCGCGCUUCGAUGAAUAUUUUGGGGACAAUCCAAGUGUUUUCUCUCUACUCGCAAUGGAAAGAGGAAAAGAAUGUCAGUCGCAGAUUACGGGAUCUUAGCAUGCAUACGUCUCCAAUGUCUAACGGUUACUACACAAACCCCGUAAUCAAGACACCAUUGCCGGGAAGCCUCAGAGCUGGUUAUCACAACGCUGCAUAUCUUAACUCGAACAUGAAUUUGCGACAGAUGCAAAUGCACGGCAACCGCCAACAAGUCAACGCUGCCAUGGCAUCGUUGGAUCGCACUCGUAAAAAUUUUGCAAAACACUCAUUAAACCGAUCCAUAUCUUCCGUAUCGCAACUCUACCCAAAGGAAGAAACCGAUUGUGGCAAGGUGUUCACUAAAGGAGAGAUCGCGAAUGGCUUUACGGUUUUCGACCAAUGGCAGCAGCAUCAGCAGUGGCUGGAACAGAAAAAAAAGGGGAUAACUCCAGAACCUGGGAUGGCUUUCGGUCCUAUGGGCAUCGCUGGAGUUGGACUAGAUGAUUCGGAAUUGGGAGCGAUGGAUAACGGCUGUUGCCCGCAGCAUUCCAUGCGGUUUACGAACGAUGGCGAUUAUUUGAAUCGGGCCCCACUUUCGCGUGCCGUCAGCACGCUCUUGUUGAAUCGUCACUGCCCUUCUCAAUUUGCAAUUCCAAAUUUUGAUCGACAACGCCAGUUUUUAGUUGGCUCCAAUUCGGUUGACAGCCAAGCACCGCCAAUGAGGCGGGCCCAUUCCAUGAACGAUUUGAAUCUUAGGGCUUCCUCAACCUCAUGCGAUAUCAAGUUCGGUCGAACAAACAGGCCGCAUUUUGAUUACAUUCGGUCGGCCGGACGUCACGGACAUAUAAUUACGCGAGGCGAAUCUGACGACUUCCAACGCAGUUACAAAGACGUCGCUUUGUAGACUUUGGAAUAGAGACCUUGAAAAAAUGUUGAAAAAUCACGUGCGUUGUCUCUUUAAAAAGUUCCCUGACAACAAACAUGCAGCUUCGAAAAAAAGUUACCUGAUAUUUUUGUGUUGUUGUUAUAUCUCGUCAAGGUAGCGUAUAUAGACACUGCCUCCGAUUUGCACAUUUAACAAUAAAUUUUGUUUGCCCCUUA